GAUCCAGUCAGUCGAAUGGUGGCGUCGGUUGCGCGCGCAUCGGCUCCGCGGGAGUUGUGUACGGGCGCGAGUCGGUCUCGUUCGUUCGCGCAGUCGCUCGCUCGUGUGUUUACAAAACGUGGCGCGGGGAGUGAGUGAGAGCGGCGAUCGUACGGUCCCGCGAGUAGUCAAUGGAAAAUAAGUGUUAUCGAACCCUUCUUCACCGGUUUGUGUUUUAACACGUGUGUCAUUUUUUAGGCACCAAGGAUUCGGGUGAAAACAAAUCCAGCACAGAGGAUUUGUGGUACGUACACAUCAUGGUUUCUUGGGACUCCGAUGCGUUCUGGGAAAAGUGCACCUAGCUCGGAAAUAAUGAGGCGCUUGAGGUAGUAGGAGGCCCUUGUAGUGAAGAAUCUAAAAAAAAUAAAGGACUGGAGCCGGCCGGGAUGCGCGGACCACGGCCGAGGUGACUCACUCAGCCCAUCCACUUCGACUGCAGCGCGGACAGCCUGCCUGCCGCGGACGGACGCCGCCAUGUUGGUGUGGACGCUGGUCGCCGUGGCGCUGCUGUCGCCGACCCCGGCUGCGCACGGGAGGUGCCUCAAAGACGUGCCGGAGGUGAACCCCAAGAGGUACUUCCGCUACGCCGACCAGACCCUGGACAUCAUCGUGGAGACGUCGCGGCGCGUGUCGCACCGCCUCGCCACGCACGUGUUCAAGCUGUUCCUGGAGGAGGUGAUGGGCUACCCCAGGGUCGUCGUCGUCGACCAGGGGGACGACUUCGACUCGCAGCUGGUGUACGACCGGCUGUCGGGGUCCGCCGCGGAGGACAGUCCGAUACCUACAGCCAUGGUUAAUCUGGAAGUGUGGGUGCCGCCGAACACCACGAUCGACUUCGGCAGCCUCGGCAACUCCCACGUGCGUGAGCUGGGGAAGAUCGCUCCCCCAGGAAGAUUUGGGUGGUUUGUUCCUAAAGAUCUGUCUCAAAUCAUACCAGGAAUGGACCACUGGCACAUCUUUACGGAUCCAUCGUCUGCCAGUGUGUUUAACGUCUCAGAAUCGGAUUGGAGCAGGAUUGUCAGCUAUACCAGGGAUGAGAAAAACAAAAAGUACUUCUGCGAGGAAAGUUUCUGCGAGAAUGGAAUGUACGUUCCCGAUCGCUGCAAGUCUUUCAGGCACUCGGCAGUUUCGUGCGCAGUAUUGUUCGCAGGAUUCUCACGAGACACGAGGUUCGUGCAGCAGCACAUAGACGAGAUGCAGCUGUACGUGAAGGUGGUGUGGCUGGGGCCGAACCUGAGGAACGUGACGAGGGACCUGGCCAGGCGCUACCGGGACAAGGGAGCGCCCGCCCGCUCCCUGGCGAUCCUCACAUGGAUCCCCAGCGCCGUGACCGCCGACAGGCGCAGCUCCUUCCUGGAGGUGGCCUUCCCGCCCUGCGACAUGUACAGUCCCCGGGCCGGCGCGCCCUGCCACUACGUCAUGCAGCGCCUCGUCAAGCUGUACUGGAUCAAGCUGCAGUCCGGCGCCUGGCCCGCCUACGAGGCAUUGCGGAAGAUGACUUUCACAGAAGACGAGUACAACGACAUCAUCAACUUGUACAUCGAAGGAGAGGGACGGAGCUACGAGAGCAUUGCCUGCGACUGGAUGUCGACUAACAGCGCUGUUUGGAAGCAGUGGGUCCCAAGCAUUCACGAAAAGAAUGUGCUUCGCAUUGGAGGCAUCUUUCCGAUCAGCGGAUCGUCAUAUACCGCCAAGGGUAUUGCCAGAGCCGCACUGAUGGCGUUAACAGCUGUCAACAAGAACGAUACCAUCCUCAGAGACUACCAGCUGGUGCUUAAUGUGGACAACGGCCAGUGCAAGUCGGACGUAGUCAUGAAGACGUUUAUAGAAUACAUUAUAUUCGACAUGUACAAUGAACUCGCCGGCAUUUUGGGCCCUGCCUGCUCAGACACUGUGGAACCCUUGGCCGGAGUUACAAGGCACUUCAGGACCGUUGUGAUCAGUUACAGUGCUGAAGGUUCUACAUUUUCUGAUCGAGAGAAGUACAAGUAUUUUUUCCGCACCAUUGGGGAAAACAAACAAUACGAGGAAGUGUAUCUGCAACUUCUGCGGAGAUUUCAGUGGAGACAGGUGGCAGCACUGACAGAGGAUGGGCAGAAGUACACAGAGUACAUAUCUGACCUGCAGGACCUUCUGGAGAAACACAACAUAUCCGUUUCAAACAGGAAGUUUCCACGAGAUCGUAAGCAAAAUGAAAUGAUGCAGUACUUGGUGAACAUAAAGAAGGAGAAUCGGAGGAUCAUCAUCGCCGAUCUGUAUGACACGAUGGCCCGCGCGGUGAUGUGCGAGGCGUACCGCCUGCAGAUGACGGCGCGGCAGGGCUACGUGUGGUUCCUGCCGCUGUGGCUCACCCCGGACUGGUACAACACCGACCUGCACAACAACGCUACCGGCGAGGACGGCAGUGCGGCCGAGAACAUCUCCUGCUCCACAGCGGAAAUGAAAGAGGCAAUCAACGGUCAUUUGGCGCUGACGCACGCCUACUUCGCGCCUGACGAAGAGCUGAUGGAGGAAGGCAUCACAGUCGGAGAAUGGAGGAACAUGUACAAAGAGAAGUGUCAGAGCAAGAAAGAAUUGGAGUCCACUUAUGCUGGAUUCGCGUAUGAUGCAGUGUGGGUCUACGCACUGGCUCUCAACACGCUCAUGAAGGAGGAUCAGUCAUACUUGUCUGCCCUGCAUUCCGAAGCUACCACUCGGCGCUACGUGGAGAUACUGGAGGCGACUGACUUCCACGGCGUGUCUGGACGGAUACAGUUCACGGCCGCAGGAUCGCGGAAGUCCAUCAUCCACGUGGUCCAGUGGCUGAACGCCACCACUAACAUCGUCGGUCAGUUCUACCCCAACACGUCGACGGGGAGAUUCGGCAGCAGUGGAGACUUGAUCCUGAACGAGUCUGCUAUCGUGUGGCUCACGCCGGACGGCGGCCGGCCCGGCGACGGGAAGCUCGGCCCGCCGGCCUGCGUCCUCGACGGCAUCGCCAGGGGCCUCGGGGUCAGCUGCGAGGUGGCCAUAGUCAUCGUCAACAUCAUGGGCUUCGGCCUGCUGGGGACGAUGCUCAUCAUCGCCUUCUUCGUGGUGAAGAGAAGGUACGACAAGAAAGUGCAGCAGACCAAGAACUACAUAAAGUCCCUGGGGAUAGACCUGCUGCCGCCCAUGUCGGGCCUUGACAAGUGGGAGAUCCCGCGGGACAAGGUCGUGAUCAACCGCAAGCUGGGCGAGGGGGCGUUCGGGACCGUGUACGGAGGGGAAGCCUACUUCAACGAGAAGGGAUGGGUCGCGGUGGCCGUGAAGACGCUCAAGGUGGGCUCGAGGACAGAGGAGAAGCUGGACUUCCUGAGCGAGGCCGAGGUCAUGAAGAGGUUCGACCACAAGAACAUUGUCCGUCUGCUCGGCGUGUGCACCAAGAACGAGCCCGUCUACACCGUCAUGGAGUUCAUGCUCUACGGUGAUCUGAAAACGUUCCUACUAGCUCGUCGACACCUAGUUAAUGAGAAAAUGUCUGAGGAGUCCGACGAGAUAUCCAGCAAGAAGCUCACUUCAAUGGCGCUGGAUGUGGCUAGAGCCCUCAGCUACUUGGCUGAGCUGAAAUACGUCCACAGGGAUGUCGCGUCCAGGAACUGUCUAGUCAAUGCUAGUCGAGUUGUUAAACUUGGAGACUUUGGAAUGACUCGGCCAAUGUACGAGAGUGAUUAUUAUAAAUUUAACAGAAAAGGAAUGCUGCCAGUUCGGUGGAUGGCGCCAGAGAGUUUGGGACUAGGCAUCUUCACUCCCAGCUCUGACGUGUGGUCCUAUGGAGUGAUGCUGUACGAGAUCAUCACCUUUGGCAGCUUCCCGUUCCAGGGACUGAGCAACAACCAAGUGCUGGAGCAUGUGAAGGCAGGCAACGUGCUCACCAUCCCAACUGGCAUCAAGCCGCUCCUGGAAGGUUUGAUACGGUCCUGCUGGAACGCUGACCCAAAGAAGAGGCCACAGGCGUCGGAGAUAGUGGAGUUCCUGGCCAACAACCCGCGCCUGAUCGCGCCGUGCCUGGACGUCCCACUGUCGUCCGUGCAGAUAGAGGACUCGAACCAGCUGGAGCUGCAGCUGCCCGAGGGCCUGCGCAAGUGCUCUGUGUCGCUCAGGGGGGCCGGCCUGCGGGCGCGGCACCCGUCCGUGUCGGGCGGGAGGGACGCGGAGAACGGGUGUGCGUGCGAGCCGCUGCUGGGCGCCCCGCGGUCGGCCUCUGCCAGGUGUGUGCCCGCGCGCCGCCCCAGCGAGGACUACAUGAACCAGGACUCAUCCAGGACAGACGUGUCCAUGUUGUGACGACCUGGCCUCCCGCUCUAGAGAAACACUACUACCAAGUAUUAUGAUCUUGCCAUGGAGACUGCGGGCCCUUUUGCCUCCUGUUAUUUAAUUAGCGCGACUUAGAGAGCAUCUAAAUGAUUUGACAAAUGUUGAUGAUAUGUACUAUAUUUUAUCGAGGGAAGAAACUUAAUAAUUAAUGACAUUGUCGAGACUCGGAAGUGAAAGUGUGUGUUAUUUUACCUACGUUGGUUUGCUUUUUAUCACAUUGUUUUGACGCAGGAAGAAUAAUUGGUCAUAGCAAAUAUGAACUAUAUUUUUUACAAUUAACUUUUUUGUGCAAUACAUAGUCAGAUACAUCAAUCCAAUGAACUGUUGUUACCAUGAAUGUAUUUUGUCCCAUCAUCAUAUACCAUAGUUGUCAGUAGUUAGAGACAUGUGAAUUAUGUAAAGGAUAUCAUAACUUUAUAUACCGUAUUGGUCCGAAUAUAAGGCGACCAUUUUUACAUAAACGAGAGAUGCAAAAAUUGGAAGUCGCCUUAUUUUCGCACCCAAGACGUCAGAACCGCAAACAUUAGUUCCAAGCUGAAAGCUACAGUAGAAACAUUGUUUAACAAAACGUUCACGAUUUUUUAUAUUAACUAAAACUUUGUUACCUCACACGGGGAAAAACGAUAAAUCCACCAAAUAUUGCAGUAAUUCACAAUUGUUUGAAGUUGAAAAUUAAAAUAUUUGUUCUUGAGUAAAAACGUGAAUGUUGAAGCAUCUCAAAAUGGCAACCUUUUAUUUCACAAUUCAUAUUUGUACUUUGUGUACAAUCGCGUGUUAACAUUUACGGUAAUUUAUCUUCAGAUUUGUAUCGGAAAUAUUUGUACUAAAAUAUCACAGUUAUUUUCAGAACGAUUGUUUACAUUUACAAACAUUUAGGAUGUAAUGUUUGGAAAUUCACGGCUGCCAACUGUCUUUCCACAAUAUUUCUUUGUUGUAAAACGAACAUUGCCGAACACGCACGAAGACGCCAUAUUAACAUGAAUUUGGUACGUUGCUUCAAAAGCUAUUUUAAUAAUCCACUCUUUAUUUAUGUAAAAACCUUUCAUAAUUAUAAUAGAUUAUUCUUUCAAAUUCACAGAACAGACUCUCUCUGUCAGAGAGUAAUAUGGACAAAUAUACGCGGUCACGUAACCGAAGUUAUUCAUGGCCGUAUGCUUCAUCAUGUCAGCUAGCCACUUAAUUUGUUCCGGCAAGAUGCAUUCUUUGUUUGCUUUUUUUUACGUUAAACACACUACUAAAUAGUAAUACACCUUGUUCUGUGGUAAUACGUAGCUUAAGUCAAACGGAAAGUUAAAUGCUGUAUUUUAAGAGUGAUUAAUAGCCAUUGUAAAAAUUUUAAAUUCGUAGAUACAGUAAACUGUGAAAAAUGAACAAUCACACAUCGGUGGAACGGCGGUGAACGAGCUCUAGACAAAUAAACAGCUCUGAAGAUGACAAUUAUGCAGCUUCAUUAGAGUAAACAUACGAAAAAAUUUCUAGUGUAAUAUUUAAAAAUGUAAAUAUUUUCUAAUUGGUUUCUUUUGACUUUUAGGGUAGGCCAUUCAAACUUAUUUUAAAUAAGUAAUGUGAUAAAUAUAAAUUAAUUGUUAUACAUAAAUGCAAAAACGAUUUAUCAACACAAAAUGUCUAAUGAAUUUUCACAUUAAUUUCUACCAAAAAUUAUUUUUACAUUUGUUUGGCCUCCUGAAACUGCAGGUCGCCUUAUAUUCGGGGUCGCCUUAUAUUCGGGCCAAUACGGUAAUUUUCUUCCUUUAUAAGGAUGAAUGUAACAAUGUACUAUAUAUAUGCAUAUAAUUUAUUAAGCAGUUCCCUGGUAACUUGAAAGAGAAUCUCAUUAGUGUACAACACUUGACUGCAUUUGUGAACACAUACAGGUGCCUCUGUAACAAUACUAACAGAAAUGACAAUAUGUAAGUUUUUCAGCAAUCCUGUUCUUAUCCUUCUAUUUUAAUGUUGCUGGUAAUUCAAUGAAUUCACAUUUCCAAGUAUACAGCAUUGUGAGAAACAUAACUUUUAAACUAUGUACCCUGAUCUAAAUUUUGUUAAGUUCUUGCAUAUUUAAAAGACUUGCAAUAAUUAAAAAAAAAUGUUUUGAAAAAAAAAAUACUUUGAUGGAGAUAUUUUCAAGAGCUUUAUUUCUAGACUUCUGGGGGAAAAAAAUAUAUCCACAGUAUAUCAAUAAAUUGUAUAAUGAUCCACAACAGGGAAGUGAACAUUAUCUUUAAGUUUUCUUUAAAAUAAAAAAAAACCUUCAGUUCCUACAUUUCUCAUCUUGUCAUUUUUAUUACUUGAGUCAUAUGAUAUUACUCUUAGAUCAAGCAGCCACCAAAGGAGUGUAAGGCAUGUAUUUUUCUUAAAAAUAUUCUAAAACUAGUUGAGAGUUAGAACACUGUAGCAUUGUCUGUGUUUCAUGAUUGGUCUAGUUUAUUUCAGAUAGUUUACCAAUCACAAUAAUUUAGUUUGCGGAAGCAAAUACGUCCUGAAUGGCCCGGUCGAAUACGCACUGGCUUCUCUUGCAGAGGGCCGACAAUUAUAUGGAAGAAACAACUGGUGUGAGCGUACAAGAUCGCAGUCUAAUGUGUAUUCCGAUUAUUUGCGAGUAAUGCGUGCCCCUAGGCAUGUGUUGUUGGCUGUAUAGUUGCCUUGCUGCCGAGGAAACUGUGCUAACCAACAAAACAUUGCUUUCACGCCAAAAUGUGCUGUCUUCUAGUGUGUAUCAAUACUGCAUCUCAAUUUUACUUUGCAGCGUGCCAUUAUACAAUUUCUGCUGUAAGUACCAUACUUGUUUUGGCAGAAAUAAUGUUUUGGAAAAAUUACGUUUCAGUAUGGUCAUGAAAAAUUUCUGACAUACACCUUUAUGCAACCUACUAUUCUGAAGUUCACCAAAAGCAUAACCUGAUAUUAAAGUUUUAUUCUUAAAUGCCUAGGUGUACGAACAGUAGUACCUUAUCAUGGUUCACAAGAACCUAACUCACUAUUUAAUGUACCUACUAUUGAACCUACGUAGUUCAUCCUUUUUGGUGUUACGCUAUGCUAACACUGGUUUAAAUUAUGUCAGUUGAGAAGAUUUUGAAUUUUUUUGGUUUGAUUACAAUAUUAUACAAGGGGUACGAUAGGUUGAUUCAAAUUUUGUCUGGAAGGUAAAAGAAAUCUUGGAUUUGACAGAGAAAACAUUCUCUUACUAGCUUACCCAAAACUGCAAAAUCCUCAAUCUUGGUGGUAUCAAUACAUUAACAUAAUUUGAAAAUUGUUCAUUUGUUUAAUAUACAAUUGUUGAAAAAUAUGUCAUCUUAUGAACAAAAUUACUUUCUUUUAAAACAAACCUUGUAUGUUCAUUAUGCUAUGUUUUAUUGUAAGUUAUAACAAUUUCUUGUGCUGUAUAUGUAUGCAUGAGCUAAUUUUAGUUUAAACAAAUCUCACUUUUUGUGUGGGAUGAUAGCUUUUCUCGAAGUGCAAUUAAUGUACCUAAUUGUAAUCAAGUUAUUUUAAGUGAUGUAUUUGUGGAACAUGUACAUAAUUCACAGUUCAUUAGACUAUUGUUGAUGAAGUUUUUAAUAUUGUUACAGGAUGUAUUAUUUUUAAAUACAUUUGUUUUUAUUGAAAA